GUUCCAACAUGGCGGCACACUGUAUCGAGCUUCUGUGAAGCUAGGUGAAAUAAAUGUAAAAUAAACAAUUAAAUAUCAAAGCAUAGUACGCGAAUAAUAUUUACAUAGCGUAUGAAGCUAUUACAGAGCUCUGGGCACAACACCAUGUCUUGUUGGAGGCACAAAAUUUCGGUUUUUAUGAAAAACGUACUUCAGCGUAGUUAGCAUGCUAGCCUGAGCUAGGUUAGCUAACGGUAAUGCAGAUUGACUACGAGCUGACGUUAAGGGCAGUUUCUCUUCAAGUUGAAGCAAUGCUGGGGUUUCUGACAGCAAGGCAGGCUGGUCUGGAUGACCCUCUGCGACUGAGACGUGCUGAGUCAACGAGAAGGGUCCUGAGUCUGACGUUGAAUCCUGACAGAGACGUGGACAGAGUCCAUGGAAAUGGCAUCAACACCAUUGACAUUGAAGUAAUAGAAGGCAGAUACAUGUUGUCUGGCGGAGCAGAUGGAGUGAUCGUCAUCUACGACCUGGAAAACUUCAGUGGGAAACCACAAUACACAUGCAAGGCAGUUUGUACAGUGGGCAGGUCGAGUCGGUAUGUCCACAAGUUCAGUGUAGAGACAGUCCAGUGGUAUCCCUAUGACACGGGCAUGUUUGUCUCCAGCUCCUUUGACAAGACCAUGAAAGUCUGGGAUACUGAGACACUGAAGCCUGCUGAGGUCUUUGAGUUUGAGGGCAAUGUCUACAGCCACCACCUGUCUCCCAUUGCCAGGAAGCACAGUCUCAUUGCAGUUGGCACCAAAGACCCUAAAAUCCAGCUGUGUGACCUGAAAUCUGGCUCAAAGAUUCACAUCCUUCAGGGUCACAGAGCAGAGGUCCUGUCUGUGCGCUGGUCGUCGAGAUACGAGCACAUCCUGGCCACUGCCAGUGCAGACAGCAAAGUGAAAGUCUGGGAUGUGCGUCGGGCCUCUGGCAGUCUCCUCACUCUGGAUCAGCACAAUGGAGACAAGUCAAAAGCCUCCUCUGAGGCAGUGAACACAGCUCAUAACGGCAGAGUGAAUGGCCUGUGCUUCACUGGAGAUGGCCUCUACCUCCUCACCACUGGGACAGAUGACCGUAUGCGACUAUGGAAUAGUGCCACUGGGGAGAACACACUGGUAAAUUACGGGAAGGUCUCCAACGAGAGUCGUAAAAGGCUUCAGUUCACAGUGUCGCGUGGCUGCAGCCCAGAGUUUGUGUUUGUGCCAUGCGGCAGCUCAGUAGCUGUGUAUGCCCUGCACACGGGAGAGCUGGUGACAAUGCUCAGGGGUCACUACAACAACGUCGAUUGCUGCGAGUUCCACCCAGACUUCCAGGAGCUGUAUAGUGGAGGUAAAGACUGUAAUAUUCUGGCAUGGGUUCCUGUCCUUCGUGCCUCAGAUGUGGAAGAAGAACCAAAAAGUGCCACUCAGGCUGUGGCUGACCGGUCAUCAGUGAACCCUGCCUUUCAGGACGCGUGGAGCAGCGAUGAAGAUUAAUGCUGGUGUUUUGUAUAUGCAGACAAAGUGGACGUGCAGGUGUCUCACUGUGCAAAUAUGCACACAUCUUUCACAAUUAACUUGUCAAAAAAUGACAGGUCACAGGACACGUGUGAAGAUAAUGACAGGUUUAGGAAAAUCACUCCUGUUUCAUCAUUGCAAAGAUGAAGGCCUUAAAAUGAACUGUUUAAACAGAUGUAUGACGUAAUUAAUGUGCACAACGUUAUAGAUAAUGUUUGUUUAUUGUACAUUUGAGAUAGCAUUAUCAUUGUUGUCAUGCAUUUUUAUUUUAUUUGAAUAUAAAGCCAUCAUGGUCCUUGGUAUGCAUAGCAAGUUCAUGUUGCUAAAGUCCUCAUGACCUGUUCCACACCAUUUUUUUCAGUAAUUUAUCAUAGUCAUGGAAGAUAUCUGCAAAUUACAGUAUGCUGACUGUUUACAGAUUUGGAGGUUUUCAGACCAGCAAACUUUCAUUUCUCAGCACUCACACACCUGUUAUGAUGCUGACACUGUAUGAGGUUGAGAUAAAGGGACAUAAAAGAGCUCAAAGUGACAAAGAUUGCAAACUGGUUUGUAAGCAGUAGUGCUGACAGUCUUUUGGUUUGUGUGUUUCUGCAUCUGUGUUGAAAAGAGACUACCCAUAAUCCUCACAUGGGAGUAACCAGGUAUUCAGAAACACUCUUGUUGUCAUUCCUGGCAAAAUUUGCAUUUGUUUAUAAGUUCUGCUGUCAGCCCCGGCUGAAACUAGCAGCAAGGAGUGAUACUGAGACCUUUCUCUCUGUCCCACCCUCCUCACAGUUUUACAUAUUGCCUUGUUAACCAUGUGGACACCAGGGACCCAAACAAGGCUUAAAGGGACCCCAAAAUCCCAAAUACAGUACAAUAAAAUAUAGAUUUUUUUUUCUUACCUGUAGUGCAUUAAUGGUGUCCUCCUCAGCUGAGCUGUAACAUUAUCUAGCUCAGUGGUGCUAGCAGUAUCGGACUAUUAGUUAAAUAUUGCUGUCAAUGAGUAGAUGUGCAGUGAUACAGUUGGCAGGUGUAGUUCGGUAGAAAGAAAAUAGCUCCUGCGUGAAACUGCUCACAAAAAGGUCUGUGGAUUAUCUUAAGUAACCGGGCCAUGAUUACUGGAGACGUUGGUGUUGAGUUUUUCAAAUGUCCAUUAUAUUGGAGAGAAGGCAGACAUCUUUAUAGCUGAUAUCGUCAACACUCAACAACUCACACCAAAACAAUCUGGAAAAAUGUGCAUUUUUGAUUGUGGGAUGAACUGUCCCAUUAAUACUGACCCCACCAAAAACACAUCACAGUGAUCGACAUUGUUGUCCUUUUAAAAUACACAUUAUUUCUGGCGUAUCAAUCCAGCGAACACUAAAUAUCGAGGAUACUGUUUCCUGUUUCUGUCUUCAUCAUUACAUAAUGUGCCAGUCAGUUGGUUUUUUUGUUUGUUUUUUUUUACCCAAAGUACUUGAAGUGUUUUGAAUUGUACAGUUUUUAACUUGUGUUAUAAUAAAAGCAGUGGGAAUGC